AGCAGAAUCCGACGAAAUUCAUUACUCUCUCUUUCUACUGCUUCACAAUUGAAAUAAAUCUGACCAAACAUACAGAAAAUUUUACAAUAGAAAUUGUAUCGUAACAGAAUAGGAGAUGUUACUAUUACUAUUAUCGAACUGUCAGAAGAAGUAGUAGUAGUUGAUAUGGACGUACCAUUGAUGAUGAGGAAAAAGAGGAAGAUAUGCGAUAAUUAUACUCCGGUGGUGAGUUCUGACACGUAUGAACCGGACGGGAGUUCAAUGUCUUGUUGCUCAAGCAACUCGAAAUCACUAGAUCUAGAUGAAAAGUAUGGGGAAGUUGCAGAGAAAGAGGAGAAGUCGAUUGAAGAAGAAUACGAAUCGGAGAAAAUGCCUCCAGUGGAAGAAUUUGACGAAAUAGAAUUGAACGAAAUAGAAGAAUUCGGCGAAGAAAUGGCUUCAGUGGAAGAAUUUGACGAACUAGAAUUGAACGAAAUAGAAGAAUUCGGCGAAGAAAUGGCUUCAGUGGAAGAAUUUGACGAACUAGAAUUGAACGAAAUGCCUUCACUGGAAGAAGAAGCAGAAUUGGACGAAAUGCUGCCUCCACUGGAAGAACCAGAGCCUCCACUAAUUCCGACUACAGAAGAACUUGAAGAGUUUUUUACAAGACAUGAGCAAAGGAUAUCUACAAGGCUUCGACAAAAUUACAACUUCGACUUUGAGAAGGAGGAACCAUUGGAAGGUCCUUUUGAGUGGGUCCCGAUACGAAAAAUGAAAUUUUAGGAUUCUUACAAAUAAUUGGUAGCACUAGCUAGGUUGGCUAGACUGCUUAGAAUAACUUAAUUAUUCAAUUUAAUUUAAUCUAUGGUAGUACAUUAAUUACUUAGUUCUAGUAAUUUUUAGGUGGUCAUUGUUUUCUCUUUUCUUUUAUAAAUGAUUUAAUUGAUGGACUUA